AUGGCAACAACCAGCCUGAAUGUCCACAGCGUUCUGGUGACCGGUUCAAACAGGGGACUUGGCCUAAACCUUGUGAAGCGAUUUCUGUAUUUGCCAACUCCACCCCAGUGGGUCUUUGCUACCAGCCUGAAGACAGAUGGAGCAAAGCUCAAGGACUUGAAUGAGUUGAAAUCCCAGCACCAGAAUUUGGUGGUGUUGCAGUUAGACGUCACAAAUCCUGAGAGUAUCAACAAAGCUGCUGAGCAGGUGCGAGAGCAUGUCAGAGAAAGUGGGUUGACCCUGCUGGUGAACAACGCUGCCCUUCGAAGGAAAGGCGACCUGGAGACCGUGACGGCUGAGCAGAUGGCAGCGAAAUAUGCUGUCAACACUAUCGGGCCUCAUCAAGUCAGCCAGGCAUUCUUGCCCCUGCUGAAGACGGCAGCUCAGAGGAGCCCUCUGCAAGGACUGAGCUGCAGCAAGGCAGCCGUGGUCAACAUCUCCAGCGCUGGAGGCUCCAUAGAAGUCAUGCUUCUCUGGGAAAAGAGCCAGCGGGUUGGCUACCGGUGCAGUAAGGCUGCUUUGAACAUGCUCACCAAAUGUCAGUCAUUGGUGUACAAAGAUUAUGGGAUCCUGUGCGUUUGCAUCCAUCCUGGCUGGGUGAAAACUGGAACGUCAGAGGCAGACCUGACUGAGGAAGAGAGUACCCAAGGAAUCGUUCACGUGCUGGCCACACUUUCCGAGAAGGAUAAUGGGACCUUUGUGGACUGGGAAGGAUGCAAAGUUCCUUGGUGAUUUCUCUCACAACAUCAACGGGCUUACGACAGAAUCCCCAAUAAACCACCUGAGCUGUGCCUG